AUGCAACCAAAGGCAAAGAUGGCAGGAAGAAACUUCGAAGAUAUUUCAUCGGCUUGCGAAGUUGCUGCACAAGCACUACAAGCUAUUGGCAAUUUAAGAAAUCCUGAUAUUCGAAAUUUAGCAGAAUCAACUGCUUCAAACAGCAGUGCAAGUAAUUCAAAUAUGUCGACUACUUCUGGUGGAAAUAUCUCGGCAUUUGCAGCUGAGCUCGGACAGAGAUUUCCCACAUUUAAUGCUUGCAUUAAUAAUACACGAGGUAGAGAAAGUCGCAAUUCUUCUAGUCGCAGUUCUGUUAAAAAGAACUCCAAAAAGCGGAAGUCCAACAAUAACACUCAAGAUGCAUCGAGUGGAUCUGGGACAAAAAUUGGGCGACCUUCGAAGUCUGUUAUUCACAAAGACUUAGUUAUUAUACCGAAUCCUGACACCAAACAAGUGCCAAGUCACUCCAACAAAGUCAAACUGGAAGAAAGAGAGUUGAUCAUUCACGAAUUCCCUUUCAACAAAGGAUGGAGUCCUCUAGAACUCCGAGAAAACAUUGAAAAACAGCUACCGAAAAACGUUUCUUUUGAGUUCAUGAAGGUAAAUAUGAAAUUUAAUUAAAUUUUAAAAAUUUAAUAUUGUUUAAAUAUAACUUUAUAUUAAAAUUUGCUUGUUUCAGGCUAGUCGUAGUAAACUUCGAACUAUCAAGUGUUACAGUUUUAAAUAGCUUUAUUUUCUUAACAACUUCAUUACUUCAACAUAUUAAAGAAACAUUUGUUUCCUUACAAACAAUACCCGGAAAGCAUGCUUUUUCCAGGAAAAAACCCACGCAUCGCGCGGGACUAUCACGCGUCCGUAUUUUAAUAGCAUACCUAAUCUAUUUUCGACAAUUUGUUAUAUGCACCUAUCAAUGUUAAGCCCCAGAGGGGGGGGGGGCAUAUAUGGGGGGAUUUGAUCGAUCUUUGUCUCCCCACCCUCGGGAAUUUGAUCCUUAUUUUCCUCCGGAGGGUGGGGAUAUUUGAAUUCAGCUAUCAGGUCAGGAGUGAAUAUUUGAAACCGGAAGUUGUGACCCGAAGAAGAGCAUGUUUUAAAGCCUGGGACGAAUGACUUCGCUUCCACUUUGAAGGAAAUUUCCUUUUUGAAAGAAAUUUAUAAACUAAUUGAAGGAAAUUAUCAGGAAAUUCGAAUCUGAAAGAAAUUUGAAGGAAAUUUUGGAAGAUUGAAGGAAAUGUGAAGGAAAUUGCCUUAUUUCUAAAAAAAUUGAUCACUUUUCACGUAAUAUUUCAAAUCCGACUAUGAGGACUGGACUAGAUUUCAAGUCCGCGCAAUUUGAUCAAGUCCAAGGCGAAGCCGAGGACUGGAUCAAAAUGCGAGGACUUGAAAUCUAGUCCAGUCCGAAUUGGAGGAUUUGAAAUGACAUCUCAUGCGAAUAAAUCAAUACUUAAUUAGUUUAGAUGCAGUCCAAGGAGUGAAUUAAUUUUGAUCCAGUCCUAGGACUGGAUCAAUGUACAUUAUCAGGUAUCCAGUAUUAUCAUGUGAGCAAAACAAAACAAUAUGGUUGGCUAAUUUACUCAUGAAUUAUUAAUGAGUUUGAGAUUUAGAUUUCCAGCCCCACAGUGGGGAAUUUGAUCACAUUUGACUUAGAUUUCCAGUCCCACAGUGGGGCUUUUGAUCGAAAAUUUGCACGAAAAGUCAAAUCCCCCAUAUAUGCCCCCCCCCUCUGGGGCUUAACAUUGAUAGGUGCAUUAAGCCCCAUGAACUUUGCACUAUCCUGGCAUAGUACAUAACAUGGACUGGACUGGAACAGUGACUCGGUGUUUUCACUCCGCAAAAAAUAAUUUCCUUCCCCAUAACCUGAAAUUUUCUUUUCACAAAAUUUCCUUCCGGAAAUCUCUAAAUAUCCUUUUCCCUUCCAACUUUUUAUCAAAAUUGAUGGAUUUACCUUGUAUUCACAUUUAGAUAUAAAAAAUAAGUGCUAAAAGUAAGAAAAGUUUUUUAUUCCUGACAUAAAGUAAAGUUUUUGCGAGACAUGGUGGAUGUCCGGGAGAGAGGAGUUCUCUAGUUCGGACAUUAGGGACCUUAAGCAAGUAAGACGAGGCCGGGAUGCAAGAAAACCUGUUGUUUAUCAUCUAUCGUAUGAAAAUAAUACAGUUUUAGGAUCAAAAUAAACACAGGGUUCAAAAUAAAAAUUUCAAAUUUUGAAAUUUUUUUAGGCUUUUUUGUAUAUGUACAUUUUUUACCGGCUGUUUUCAUUUUUGACAACGAGAGUGUUAGCGUGCGCCUGGUAACGAGGGUUACCAGGAAAGCCUUGAAAUUUGGGCAAGUUACAAAACGCCAUGCAAAUAUUAGCUUUACUACAUAUACAGUUAAAUACACUUACAGUGUAUAAACAAGUGAUCAGUUUAAUCUACUAGUUUUGAAGUUUUCUUCAAUCACACAAAUUCUCACAGGAACUUGAGACUCCUAUAAGUGCCAGUGGUUGUGCUAGUCGGAUUCCGCUUCACAUGAGCUUCUCAUACCACAAUCAAAGGGAUCAUCUUCAACACUAUAUAUUGUCUCUUGUUCUGAAUCAAUUAAUAAUGGGAAAUGCGAAAAAACAUCACCUUUCCAGUUUAAAAAUCGCCGGUAGGUGUCCUGAAAAUGCCGGCUAUAGCCGGCAGCCGGCCGCUAUUUUGAACCCUGGCCGGUUUAUGAUUGAGAAAAAAAUAGCAGUUGUCCCAGGUUGAAAUGUAAGCUACUAAGCGUUGUAUACAAGACGUGAUAAUCUGUAUUUCGCCGUUGUAAAACAAAGCUACGGCAACGUCUAAAAUGUCCGUAAGAUUUCACUGAAUUAUCAAUUUCUGCUCAUUUUGUUGCAUUAUUAAAUGUGAUAUUAUUAGCUGUUCUCGUUGGACACUAUUAUAAAAGUGUAAAAUUCAAAGCUGUUUCUUGACACUUCCCAGUAGUAGUACUAGAUUAAGAUUUGCUUUAAGUUCGCUUAUGCCAGGGGAGUCUGAAAAUUCAUUUGACCAGACAUCCUUUGUGAAUGGCCCCUAAGCUGUUUAACCAGAAAAUAUUAAAUAAACUCAACUACCUCACUUUGACGGCUAAAGUAAACUUUAAAAUCAACCAAGGUGGCGUUCAAUGACGCGUUGUGACGUCGUGUACAAGCGAGAAAUUGCGUGCCUUGUCAAUUUUUUUUUAAAUAAAUUUUUAAUUGAGUUAUUUAAUUUUUUUAAUACAGAACUUGUAAAUAUUUCAAUUUUCAGUGGCCUGUCUAAAACGCAUUAUUAGAUUAUUGCAUUGUGCAAUAAUAAUGUCAAUAUUCUUUACAUUGUGUAGGCUUGUUAUGGAACACUUGUUGUCCCAAAACUUGCAGAAGGUGUUAGAAUGAAUGGUGAAAGAAUACUAAAAUUCUCAGGCCAAGGAAGUGUGUACAUACGAUGUUUGGAACCCCUUGAAGAGGAAGAUGAUGAAGAUCAGGACCUUUUACAGCCAGUUUUUUCUGAUGACGAUACCUUGGAAAGCCAAAUGACUGCCUAUAUUUCAUCUUCUCCUGAUGAAGUGACACAGCCUGCUUCAACGUCACAAAAUGUUACAUACAGCAUUUCUGAAGAAUUGCCUGUGUUUAAUAAUGAAGAGGAAAUACCUGUAUUUGAAGAUGAAGAAAUACCAGCAACAUAUUUGGAAGAACAAUUUAUUGCUGGUAUUGAUGUUGUAGAUAGCAAUAAUAGCUCAAUGCCUACAUGUAGUUCCAAUACAACAACAAAUCAUCAGGAUAUGCCCAUAAGGAUCAUUAAGGUACACAGGUCACUUAUUAGGGAAGAUAUGCUUCAGAUUUUUUCUGAUCCAUCAAUAUUAAAUGCUAGUUUGCAUGCAGUAAUUAUUAAUCAACUUGGUCAUCAGGAGGUUGGAGAAGGCACAGGGGUCUUAAGGGAAGUGUUUUCUUUGUUUUGGAAAGAGUCCUAUGAGUCGUAUAUGUUGGGUGAGAGUGAAAGAGUUCCCUAUAUAAGGCACGAUUUUAACAGGGCAAAAUGGGAAGCUGUUGGGAGAAUACUUGUGAAAGGGUACAGUGAGUGUCUUUAUUUUCCCUAUCGGUUAAGCAAAGUUUUUCUUAUUGCAUGUCUUUUUGGCGAAAGUAAUGUGACCAGCCAAAUGCUGCUGGAUUCAUUUAAGCAUUACUUGUCUCAUUCUGAAGCUAGUAUAGUAGAUGCAUGUUUGAAUAAUAGCAUUCAAUGUGAAGAUGAUGAGUUACUUGAGUUUUUGUCAGCAUUCGAUUGCAAGCGAAGAAUUACAGAAAAUAGUCUUAUAGAUAUAGUCACCGAGGUUGCCCAUAAAGAAAUAAUACAGAAACCCCAGUAUGUAGCUGAUUGUUGGGGAUUGAUUGUAUCUGACCUUAAAAAGCAUUUUCCAGAUGUUUGCUCAGUUAACAGAUUGUACGAGUCCAUUGUGCCAACUAAUGCUAAAGUUAUUUCCAUGCUUCAAGCAAGUCCAGUAACCCCAGCCGAGGGGGAAACCUUAGCCCACAUGAAGAGGUUUAUUAGAGGUUUAGAUGAGGGAAAGCUUGCUACCUUCUUAAGAUUUACUACUGCGUCUGAUAUGCUUCUCACUGAUACUUUGAAAAUAGUUUUCACCAGUUACGAGGGCCUUCAGAGAAGACCAGUUGCUCAUACAUGUGGUUUUACCCUUGAAGUACCAAGCACAUAUUCAAACUUUUGUGAGUUAAGAGAGGAGUUUAUGGGAAUUUUAAGUGCAGAUGGGUGGGAAAUGAAUAUAGUUUAA